AUUUAUUUUGAAGUGAGACAGAAGUCGAUUCGUUUCGAAGAUCAAGGAAACCAUGAAUACUGUAACUGUUUUGGUUGUGGCUAUUUCUCUUUUCAUGAUCGCCAAUGCGGCUCAUAAAGGACAUGGAAAAUGUCUACCUGGUGAUAAACACAAGGAAUCCCCAUCUGCAGAAGAAAGCAUGGCGGCUUGUAAAUCUUACAAAGAUGCAUCAUGCUGCACCAGUGAUUUCACCAAACAGCUUGCUACCUCUCCGGUCAAGAAAGUCGGAAAGUUUUCGUGGACACCGUGCAACAACACCUUGAGCCCCAAAUGUGAAGCUUUCAUGGUGAUGGUGGAAUGUUUUUACCGUUGCUCACACAACACGUACUUCUGGAAGAAUCCCGAUUAUCCGUCUGCAAUCAUGAAGGCCCCUGUGUGCGCAAGUUUUUGCAAUGGCUGGUUCGACGCUUGCAAAGACGACCUAACCUGUGCUAAAAAUUGGAUCACAGACUUUAACAAGACUGAGACUGGAGUGAACACUUGUAAAAAGCCGUGCAAGAACUUUAGCGAUUACUUCACCAACGGUAAGGACCUUUGCGAGAGCAUGUGGGGAACCAGCUUUGUCUACAAGGAAACCGAUUGCCUGCAGAUGAAUUUCACGGACCCAAACCCGAAUGACGACCUAGUGAAAAGGCUGUCUGAAAAGAGUGGUGCACUGUUUUUCACUGUUAGUUUGGCAGCUCUUUGGAUUCCUUUGAUGUUCACUAUUGCCUUCAUUUACUAACUGAGAAAUGACUUUGAAAAUGCCUUGGUUGCGUAACACUUCGCCUGAAGUCGAUGAGUCCCAAUUUAUAGAAUUUGUGUAGAUAGGCUCGGGAUUAUGCUUGCCUCGUUCACUAGUUGAAAAAUCAUUUUGACAUUGCCUCAGUUGUAUAGCAUUUCGCUUGGAGUCUUAGGUUCCUAGCUUUCUCAGAUUUUAGACAAAAGGGAGGUUAAAUCAGAGAAAUUAGGUAUUGCUGACCUUUGCACGGCAUUUUUCAGUUGUGAUUUUAAAAAGUAGUUUGUUCGCGUUUGUGUGCGUUUUGACUGAACAAAACUGUAUGUCAGUUUAGAUCUGAAGUUUAAAGGUUCUUCUGAGAUUGACGGAUUAGGAUUGUUUCUUAGGGCAACACUUUGGACUGAAAAAUAUUUGGAGAGAAGAGAAGACAGGUCAUUAAAAGGCGGAUAAGUACAUUAGCAAUGCGAAAGGAUAGAGGGAAUUUUUUAUGGUCACAUGAUGUAAGCUUCAACACCGUUUCAUGCCCUUUCCCAUUCGGUGCGCUUUUUCAUUAAAAUUGUUUGCUCGACCGUAUUCUCUGUUGUGAUUUGUAGAAGUCGACAUAAUUUUUAGGUAGCUUGAAGAGUUUGAUGAAAGUCAGAUUUUUGUCUAACCCGGGACAAAUCUAAAAUUUUUCGAGGUUACGCAACCGUAAUCUUCAUUUCUGUUAGCCCAAAUGUUUCAUGUAGAAUUCUAUUUGUUGAAUAAAAUUUGAAACAAAAUAUGUUUUGUUAUUUAGU